UUGCCAUUGUAGACCUACACUAGUCACUACGUCUACAGCGCUCUGCUGUGUAACCGGCGUUGAAGCCCACUUACAGUAGCUAGGAUAUUUGCACCCGCCGGGAUUUAUACCAUCGACUCGCAGGCGACGAUUUUCCAGUUACUUAGUCUUUUACUUUUAGCUAGCAAGUGCAGCAAGGAAAAAGAAGGUGUGAAAAGGUGCGUGGUUUUUUUGCUGAGAGAAUAAAUUCGGUCUAACGAUGCACCACAUUCUACACCAGCUGUUUUUCCGAUGAGACGGAUAUUAUCAAUUUAAGCUCGAUCGCCGCGGCGAGGUGAGGAGAAACUGCCAUAGCCUCAUACUCGGAGUCCUAGGGUUGAGCUGCUGCGGAGUCGUUUCUAUUUCCGCACUGAAUGACUUGUAGUGGUUAGUCGCCAAGCGCUGCUGCUUACCAUUAGCUGCAUGGGACCCAGUGUCGGGAUUACCAUGAUCACGCCGUCUCUAUGUACCACAACUGUGCUGCUGUUGACGUUCGCUAAUGAAGACGAACCGUUGCUUCCUGUGUGACUGUGAGCUCUUGGGAGACAACCCAAAGUGUUCCCCAUCAUCGUAUGGUGUGUGCCACCCCAGACUCCUCUCCGAAAGCUGCUGUCAAUUAAUCCCAUCAUCCGCAUGUACAUGUAAGUUGUUAACAAACUGUUGUGCAGUGCCGACUGUCACAUCUAUUCCUGUUCACUCCGAUGACGACCAGCUUACCCACAUGCCAGAACACUGACUACCUGCACCACUACCUGUAGCACUCUCAGCCAGCCCACUGACGAUAGCUGUGUUACUAUGGUGACAGCACAAGAGCUGCACUCAUCUCGCCUGUUCAGCAGUGGUGCGGUGUUUACAACAGUUGCCAUGGAGAAUAUCAGUGAAUUGGCACCAUCUGUCGGGUCGUAUGACGCUGGCGAUUUUGUGCUAGACACAUUACUCGUGAUCUUUUACACGCUAACUGCUGUGUUGGCAUUCGUCGUGCUUUGGAACUCGCGUCUCAACUGCUGCUUGCUGGACUAUUUCUUCCUGGUUGAACUGACAAGUGGUAUGGUCAUCAUUUCAGUGUUCUACCUCCCUCUGGCUGCUCAGUUUCUGAACAUAUGGAGCAACAUUACCGCGGACUCCUUUGCGUGCCAGUUCUUUGGCAGUGUGUUGCUAACUAUGGGAUUGAUGCAAGUUGUGAAUGCUCUGUUCAUCACACUCCUGCGCUUGCUGUCCAUUGGAAAGCCGUUCGUCUAUGAUCGCUGGUUUGCAUUCAACACACGGCUAAUCAUCCCUGUCAUUGUCCUGCAUGUAUUGCUGCCGGGCAGUGGCGUACUCAUCGCUGCCACUGCUCAUCUAGAUAUUCGAAUCUACAGCAAUGUAUGCUUGCUAGACUUACGCUCGGCAGCCGGUCACACUGCCAUCUUGAUUAUAGGGGUCAUUGCUACUAGCCUGAUGGUGGUUCUAUUCUCCCUGCACUUCGUCUUGUUCUUCGCAUACCGGCGACUCUACAAGCCACCUGUACCAGUGAAGCACUGGGACGAAUCCUUGCUAGACACAGUGGACACGCUAAUGGAGAAUACAUCACAAAACCCCGAGCAGAAUGAGACACAGCUCCAGGAGAUAUCCUCCCUUGGUGUGGAAUGGAGCAAAAGGAAAACUAUUGGCUACAGGCUGAACAAGUACGCAGCCAGCGGAAACCCUACUUUAGAGCCGAGACCCCUCCAAAGGUCGCUCAGUGACACAGAUCUACCGAAACUAGUUCACAUCGAUCUGGCAAAGAAAGUUUUUAAAAGAACCAAGAGUUUGUUGCCAAGAGAACUUGAGCCAACAAUGCAGAUAAACGACGCCUGUGUGGUGGUCAAGGUUUCCUCAAAAGGGAUGUACUUGUUGCACUGCCGCUGCCACAGCUACAAUCAUGUAUCUCAUCCAAUACAAACUCAACAUGAUCGAGAUCGAGUAGUGCACCAGAAUGCCCGACCAAGAUCUCUGGAGAAGUUACAGCUUCUUCACCAUCGCUUGAAGAUGUCUCCCCUGACCAAAUUAGCACUGGCAGUUUCCAUGUCACAUGUUCUCUCCAAGCUACCUGGAAUUGUAUUCUUCUGGCUGGAACUGGAGACCCAGACGAGUCCUCCCAAAUUUCCUAUUUGGGCAAUACGUCUUUGGAUCACAGCACUGUUUGUUGAUAGUUUUGUGUUCGUGCUUGCAAGAAGAUGUUACAAGACUGAAGUGGAUCGCCUGUUCAAGGCGAUUCCGAGGUACUUGAGAAGGCUGGCAAAUGCGCUCUGCCGGAAGAGAAGCAUAGUUAGUGAUCCUGUGUAACUUAGUUGGUCUCUUUCUGUUCAAGUGUGGACUGCUGUUGAUGAUAAAAAUGGCCUGUGUUGCUAACCGAGCUGUAACUAGUAAUCCAUGUGCUGCUAAGAAUUUCCCCUUUGAACUACAAGUACUUUGAACCUUCCCCACACACACAUUGGCUGCUGAUCAUAAUGCCGACUAGGCACAACCUACGGGUGAAACAUAAACAUAUUAACUUUGUUUGUGUCAUCAUGGAUGCCCAGUGCAGCCAAACACAUCUACAUGGAAUUGGUAUUCACUGUGCAGGCUAAAACAGACAGCAUGUUACACAACUAUAUUAUCCACUAUCCCUGCCAGAAGAGCCUCGGCGGCACGGCUAGCUAUAUACUAGUCGGGAAUUGCCACGCGGCAGCUUGAGUGAACUGGCAUCCCAGGAUUCUACAAGUGGAUCUUGAUUCAAUUACUACUGACUGCAAAUGUUCCAUUGGUGUGUACCACCUCAGUUCAGCAUUCUCCACUGAUGAGCCUAAUCACGACAAUUGUUGAUGUCUACAUUGUAUUUAUGCUCCU